CCGGCUGAUCCCUCCCCGGACCGUUUCCCGGCUGAUCCCUCCCCGGACUGUUUCCCGGCUGAUCCCCGGACCGUUUCCCGGCUGCUCCCCGGGCACUGCCGAGGGCCCGAGCUCCCGGAGCGGCGCAGCAGAAGCGGGACCGCGCACUCCAUCCCACGCCUCUGCCCAGGAAUGAAGAUACUGCAAGAUGUUCAACUCUAGCUCCAGCUCCUCAGGAAACAACUGCAGCCACAGCACGGUGAUAACCACAACAGUCAUCCCGCUGCUCUACUGCUUCAUCUUCCUCGCAGGGCUCUCGCUCAACGCCCUGGCAGCCUGGGUCUUCCUCUAUGUUUCCAGCACUAAGAGCUUUAUUGUCUACCUCAAGAACAUCGCUGUGGCCGAUCUCCUCAUGUGCCUGACGUUUCCUUUCAAAAUCCUUGCAGACUCAGAGCUGGCGCCCGCAGAGCUCAGCCUGUUCGUGUGCCGCUACUCGGCGGUUGUGUUCUACAUGAACAUGUACAUCGGGAUCGCCUUCUUCGGCCUCAUCGGCUUCGACAGGUACUACAAAAUCGUAAAGCCUUUGUUCACCUCCUUUGUUCACACUGUUAACUACAGCAAGGUGGUCUCUGCAAUCAUAUGGCUGUUACUAAUGAUUAUGUCAUUUCCAAAUAUGAUUUUAACUAAUGAAAUCACUAAAGACAAUUCCUCCAGAAAAUGUAUAGGCCUUAAAAGCGAGCUUGGCAGACAGUGGCACAAAGCAACCACUUACAUUUGCACAGGGAUUUUCUGGAUCGUUUUUUUUCUGCUAAUCAUAUUUUACACUUCUAUAUCCAAAAAAAUAUACAGCUCUUACAAAAAAUUCCGGAGGAACUCAGACAUGGCCAAGAGAAAAACCAGCCGGAACAUAUUCACCAUCAUGUUUGUGUUUGUCAUUUGCUUUGUGCCCUACCACCUCUGCAGGACCCCUUACACCUUGAGCCAGACCAGCUCCCACUUCACUUGCCAGUCUCAAAAAUCACUGUACUACGCCAAGGAGUUCACUCUGGUGCUGUCUGCAGCAAAUGUCUGCCUUGACCCCAUUAUUUAUUUUUUCCUCUGCCUCCCCUUUAGAGAAAAGCUGUAUCAAAAACUGCACCUCAAGCUGAAAGCUUCAAGUGAGGUUGAAAUUUCUAAAUCCAGAAGAUCAAAUACGCUUCGGGAAAGUAUAAACAUAGUGUAGGUUUGUGUCUCCACAAUAAUGCACAUUUCAGGAAGUUAUUCAUGAACACAAAUAUCCCAAAGACACAGAGCACAUAACAAGCAGCAACAAGCAGGAGAGGGGUUCAGCAUAACACCAGGUGCUCCUUCUCUGCCUAAGCCCAGUAUUGUGUGUGCCAAUAUAUUCAAUAAUUCACUGUUCCAGCCAGUGCCCUGAUGGCAUUAGGGUGUGACGUGACCCAUCUGGAUCUCAAAAACACAGAGAGGAGUACCUGGAACAGCACACUCUGGAGUUCCGGGCUGUGGGUCUCUGAAAGGACAAUCCAGCAGACCCAAAACCACACCAGUCUGCUUCUCUGGACUUCCAUGAACAGAAACAUGUCCACACCAAACUGCAGCAGCUCCCUUGCUGCUGGUACAGAAAGAGGUAAGAACAUCACGGAGCUGUCUGGAAGCACACAAGCACAGCUGAUAAAAACUCUGGUACAUUUAAAUCCAGAAAGAAUGGUUUGCUAGUUUUCCCAUGAUUUUUACACUUCUGUCUGUACCAAGAUAACAGCUGAAAGCCACCGACCUGCUCUAUACAAAUAUAAUCUCUUUUAUAACUUUAUUUUUCAGAGGAGCUUUUUUUUAUUGAUUUUAUUAUUGUACUGGAAAAACAUACCAGGGCCUAAAGUAUCCACUAAAGAUUUCAGAGAGUGGUUCUGGAGCUGAAUAUCUUCAUUUUACUUAAGAAGCUAUAGGAACAGAAAUAACAAGUCCUUCACCUUUCUGUCAUUGCAUUUUGUUUUAGCCCAAACAGAUCUAAGGGCAAAACAUUUUUAAACAUUUUGUCCUUGCACCUUCUCUGAGGCUGUGGGUAACUUCUCUUGAUCUGAGACCACUGGACAGCAGCAGCAGGAUUCUACCACA